AUGCGACGACAUCAUGGGCGGGCUCCCUCGCCGUACGCUGGUCGUGUACCGACACCUCCCUCUGCAGAAGUUACAUUGGUCCGCAGCUUCGACCACCAGAUAAACCCAAGCAGACCUGCCAGGCAGUCACCUCUCGCUACUUCUCAGAUUCAAGGCAUGCCACUUGACUUGAUCGAACGUAUUCGAGCCUUUCCACUCUUCCAGUCCGCACCAGAUAGCUUUCUGUACGAGGUCGGUCUCGUCCUGAAACCACAAAUGUAUGCUCCCAACGACUAUCUUAUGACAGAAGGAGAUGUUGCCAAGGCGAUGUACUGGAUCGUGAGAGGCGCAGUUGCAGUCUGUUCAAGAGAUGGCGAAAGCACGUAUGCAGAACUAAAAGCUGGCUCUUUUGUUGGCGAGAUUGGUAUACUCAUGGACCGGCCGAGAACCGCUACAGUCAUUGCUCGAACAAGAUGUCUUAGCUUACAGCUGAAGAAGGAAGAUCUCAAGCGCAUUCUCCCAAAGUUUCCGGAGGUAGAGAGAGCAGUAAGAGAAGAAGCGCUAGAACGCCUUGCAAUACUGGAAAAGAAGAAGCGACAAGCACCAGGUCCUGUUAGCUCUCCAACUUCAGAACGAAGAGGGUCUAAGAGGACGAGAGAAGAGGAGGAGGAAGAAAUGCAGACCGACGUCUCUGAAACCAACAACAAGCGGCGAAAGUCCCCCAGUCCUGGCGUCGGUGAUGUGUCGCCUGCAAGCGCUUUGGGGUUCGGCUUGGUCAAUGUGCGAGCUCUGCUGAAAGAAUUACCUUUGUUCGCAAACCUUCCAGCUGAACCCCUCCAUUUCUUGGGAUUGAAUGCUCAACCACGUGCCUUUCCGCCAUUUGUAGAUAUCAUCAAGCAGAAUAACACGGGGCGAGAAGUCUAUUUCAUAGUGCAUGGUGAAGUGGAAGUGAUCGGCGAGCAGGAGACUCAGAAUGAUCGUAAGAGAUCACUUCCUUUACCACCAGUCGUCAAAGCACGUCUACGAGCAGGUCAGUAUUUUGGAGAGGUAGUAAGCCUGGACUUGGCUCCUCGUCGGACGGCUACAGUCAGGUCAGUCACACAGGUGGAGUGUCUAAUGAUCCCAGAGAAGGUAUUGGCAGAGUUUUGGAAUCGAUGUCCACCUUUACUGCGAGCCCAGAUUGAACAGACUGCACUGUCAAGACUAAAGACAGCCUCCAGGGAUGAUGUGGAAAUGAAAGAUGUUUACCAACCACCAAGCUUGAUUGAGCUCGAGCUGGAUGAUGAGAAGAAGUUAGCAAAGAAGCUGGCUAGACCAGCACGAGUAACAUUCAGCGAUGCCGAGAUUGCCGCUCCUGUGCAGCCUCUGCAGUCUGACGAUCCAACACCUGCAGAGCCAUCUGAUCCGGAUCCCUUCUCGAGCAUCGGGCUGGAAAAUGUGCGAUCGCGCUCAAGAAGAGGUUCCCUGGCCCCUCCACCUCCCGAUGAGCCUGUUCCCAAACCAUCCACAAAACCAAGGCGCUCACCAAGACCCUCGCCAAAGUCCUCGCCAAGGUCAUCUCAACCAUCAUCGCCCUCAACACAGAGCUCCGCGGUAGCCACACCUUCUCCUCUAGCAGAAGGAAGUGGUGGCCAAUAUUUUCCAUUCUCGGAUCCGUUCGCUGGCGCAAAACGUCCGCAAAUAACUAUGCGGCUCACUGAUGGUGAGAAUCGUGGGUCCAUACCCGAUGAAAUUUUAGUGCUUGUGUUUCAGCAUUUCGAGCUGCACGAACUAAUGAAUUUGCAGGUAAUAAGUCUACACUGGCAGAACCUGUUACUGAAGUCCGACAAGCUUGUGACACACCUAGACUUGGCGCGCUACAAUCGUUGCCUCAAUGACCAGGUUAUCAUCAAGCAAAUAUGCCCCUUCGUAGGCACUCGCCCGCGUACCAUUGAUAUUUGUAACUGUUUUCAUGUGUCCGACGAAGGUUUUUCAGCACUUGCAGAUAAAUGCGGGCAGAACGUUACAUGUUGGAAGAUGAAGAGUGUCUGGGACGUGACGGCCAAUGCCAUACUUGAGAUGUCCAGUAAGGCAAAGGGCCUCGUCAGCGUUGACCUGAGCAAUUGCCGCAAAGUCAGCGACACACUUCUUGCGCGUGUGGUAGGCUGGGUUGUCCCACAGCAUCCUCCAGCGCAAACAGCUUUGGGAAGACAUUCAAGCAUGAGAGGACGGCCAGUGAUUCGGACUAACAAGCUGAAUGGCAACAAUGUCAAUGGCAAUACACCACCAAUGCCGCCUCCAGGCACGGUCAUCGGCUGCCCCAACCUCAGUCAUCUUACACUCAGCUAUUGCAAGCAUGUCACCGAUCGCACGAUGCACCAUCUUGCGAUGCACGCUGCAAGCCGUCUUGAGUUUCUUGACCUAACGAGGUGCACAACAAUUACAGACGUGGGAUUUGGCUAUUGGGGGCAGAACUCCUCGAAUAUCAAAUUUACGAAACUGCGAAAAUUGGUUUUAGCGGACUGUACUUACCUUUCUGACCAAGCCAUCAUCUACUUGACGACGGCAGCUGGCGCCGCAUUACGUUAUCUGGAUCUGUCCUUCUGCUGCGCACUUUCUGAUACCUCGACAGAAGUUAUCGCUCUAGGCUGCUCUAAUCUGGAAAGCCUCGACAUGUCCUUUUGCGGCUCGGCAAUCUCCGAUGCUUCCUUGAGGUCGAUUGGCAAUCAUCUCACAAAUAUGCAGCAUCUUGCCGUUCGUGGGUGUGUGCGUGUUACUGGCAUGGGCGUUGACGGUGUAGUUGACGGCUGCAAAGUUCUCGAAACAUUCGAUGCAGCAGACAUGACCACUUCCGACGUGCGACGCAUUCUCGUCACCGGUGCAACAGGCAAACAAGGAGGCGCAGUGGUUCGAGCUCUACUCGCACAACCACCGUCCUUCCCACACGAGAUCCUCAUCCUAACCCGAAAGUCGACUUCGACCUCUGCACAGAAGUUGGCAGAGAACCCAAAAGUCAAGAUCAUCGAAGGCAAUCUUGAGAAUGUCCCUGCGAUCUUCGAGGCCGCGGGUGGAAAAGAUUCAGUAUGGGCUGUUUUCCUCGUCACGAUGCCGAGCAUGAAGAAGCUUCAGCCCGGAGUUGUGGACAAAGAGGUAGCCCAGGGCAGAGCCAUGUUCGAUGCAGCGCUCGAGAACGGCGUCAAGCAUUUCGUGUUCAGCAGUGUUGACCGUGGUGGAGAUGAGAAGAGCUGGAGCAACCCAACACCAACACCACAUUUCAUUACCAAGCAUGACAUCGAAUUGUACAUCAGGGAAAAGAGCAAUGCGAGCCAAAUGAGCUAUACCAUACUGCGACCAGUUGCGUUCAUGGACAAUUACAUGCCGGGCAUAAUAGGACGAAUCUUUGCCGCAGCAUGGGCACAGAUGGGCUCGAAGAAGCUGCAGCUAGUAUCUACGAGGGACAUUGGAAUUAUGGCGGCCAAAGCUCUGAGCGAACCUGACAGCGAGGACUUCAAGAAUAAAGCUAUUAGUGUCGCAGGCGACGAAAUCACUCAGGCGGAAGGAGACGAGGCUAUGUGGCAGGCGAAGGGACGGCCGAUGAUUCAGUCCUACUGGUUUAUCGUGAGCUUUCUGAAGUGGAUGGUCUCUGAUGUUGGGAUAAUGUUCAGGUGGUUCGAGGAGGAAGGGUACGGUGCUGAUUUGGAGAAGUGCAAGAGACUGAACCCGAACAUGAUGGAUUUCAAGACGUGGUUGGCGGAGGAGAGCAAGCAUCAAUGA